CAAAUCGGGAAAACACUUGAAAAGGCAAAACGAAAUCAACCGAAUAACCAGGGCAGGCAGUGCAAUGAUUGCGGUAAGAUUCAUUUUGAAAACCAAACUUGUAAACAGAAAAAGAUUAAGUGUUUUAAAUGCAAUACAGUAGGGCAUUACGCAAAUAAAUGCAGAAAAAACAUUAAACAGGCAGGUAGCAAUUACGUAGAUACUACUAAUUCAGAUGUCGAGGUUGAGCAACUUCAGAUUUUUAAUAUUAAGUCCAAGUCUAAUGUAGAUGAACCAAUUAAUGCGGCUGUAAAGGUUAAUGGUAAGAAUUUAGAUAUGCAGGUCGAUAGUCUUACUGAUGUAAGCUUAAUUUCGAAAGAUUUAUUUACAAGUAAAUUUGACGAGUGUCAAUAAUUACAAGCUAGCAAGAUUGUUUUAAAAUAAUACACAGGUAAAACUACCGUACCCGUAGGUUUUUUUACUGCUAACUUGGAGUUCAACAAUGUAGUUAGAUGUUAGAGUGAUAAAUGUGCAUGUUGUUGACGGCGGUGGACCACCAUUAUUGGGCAGGGUUCGCCGAUAUAUAUCCUUCGAUAUGUAUCGGAUAUAUGUAUAUCUAUGAUAUGUAUCACGAUAUUUAAAAUGUUAAGAGUUGAUAUAUAUCAGACAGGAAAUCAAAUCCGCUUUCUUUGCGCAAUCUGACACUAAAUGAGUCACGCAUCGUUGUGCGGUUCUGAGAACAUAAAUGAUCUUUUGUUUUGACUACAGCAAUGAGCAAACAGUGAAUACCUCGCAGUCUUUGUUGUUGUUGUGUCACACACAGAAGACAGAACCUGUAUUUUUUUCGGGUUUUUUUCUUUUUGUUUUUGUGAGUGAAACAGUAGUGAUAAAUCAGUUCAAAUUCUCAGUACAAUGUCAAAACGUAUGUACCCCGUUUGGGACGACUUUGAUUGCAUUCAGAAACCUGGUAACAGUGGAAAAUGGGCUCGAUGUAAACAUUGCAAAAAGGAGAUGCAGGGUAUACCAGAAAGACUCUGUAAACAUAUCGAGAAGUGUACAAAAAAAGCCAUCUUUACAAAGAGAAGGUGAUGAAACAGGUAAUUUUUCGAUUAUAGUUUGUUGUGCCCAGUUUCAACAUGAAUUUAUUUCCAAUUCAAAUUUCAGUUAAGAAUUUUUCACAGGUAACCAACCAAACAGGCCUAUCGUUGCUAAUCACCCUCCGGCAAAGAAAAUAAGUAAAUCAUCGGAACUGAAAGUUGCUGCAAAUGCAGAUGUGGUUGCAACAUCUGCUGCCUAUGCAAGAAAAAUAAACUUGCAAAUUGGUAGAUAUUUCUAUGCAACAAACACCCCCUUCAAUCACGCAUGUCAUGAUGAAUUUAAAACUAUGUGUCAAAUACUGAGAUCGGGAUUCAAACCACCAAGUGCCAGAAACUUCGGAGGAGAGAUUUUGGAAGAUGUUCAUGCAACACUGCAGGAAAAAUGCAAACAAGAUCUACAGGGACAGGUCGUGUCAAUGGUUUUGGAUGGCUGGUCCAAUAUUCAUAACGAACCCAUUGUAUGCUGCUCAGUGGUAACACAAAAUGGAGAAUCGGUCUUGGUGGAAACGGUGGAUACGUCAGGAAAUGCACAUACAGCUGAUUACUUGAAGGAAGUCGCGACAGAAAGCAUCAAGAAAGCUGAGGAGAGAUUUGGAGUCAAAGUAAGAAGUUUUGUGACCGACAACACCGGAAAUGUCAAGAAAAUGCGAAGCGAGAUGGCUAAAGAUAAUGACGAAAUCUUGCAGUACGGAUGCUCGGCUCACCUCUUGAAUUUGUUAGCUCAUGAUAUACAGUGUACAGGAUAAUAUUCUUAAAGUAAUAAAAUACUUUCGUAAUAAGCAUUUACCUGCAGCUUGGUACAAAGAAGCAAAGGGAAAGAAACUCAUCAUGCCCCUGGAGGUUAGGUGGAAUACAGUCACUGACUCUAUUAGAUCGUAUCUUGAGAAUCGAGGAAUUUUGGUUCAGGUGUGCCAGGAUCAUAAAGACUAUAUCGAUAAAGAUAUUUUUCGAAUUGUUAAUGACAUACACAUAACAAAUAAUGCUGGGGAUUUCAUGCGUAGAAUGAUUUUCCGAUUGCUGUGGCGUUAGCCCGUGGUCUUCCACUUUCUACUAUAUUAUUCGAAUAUAUUUUUUGCAGUCCGGUUUCUACAGCAACAGGUGAGCGAAGUUUCAGUAGAUUGAAAUGUAUCGAGAAUUCUCUACGUACUACUAUGGCGGGUGAUCGUUUGAGUAGUCUCGUUCUCCUAAAUUGUGAAAAGGACUUGUUGGCUAUGAGAGAAUACGACGGUUUAGUUACCACAUGGAGCGCCUUGAAGGAACGGAGAGUGGUUACAAUUAUUGGACAAAAAUAUAUUUUAUUUUUUUUAUUUGUUUCAAAAUUUUUUUUAGUUUUCAUUAUUAUUAAUCUUAUUACGUUAUUAUACAUAUUCUUAAUUUCUUAUUACGAGUUACGACUGAGUAUGUUAUUCUUUUUCCUUUAAUAAAUUUUAUUCUCGAUUUUAGUCUGCAAAAUUUAGUCUCUAUACCCCUCCCCACUCGAGUACCACUAGGUACGGCCCUGAGGGCACCUAAGCAGUUAUCAAAUUUAUAUUUAAUGUUAUCGUAGAAAACGUAAUAUGAAUUAAUAUUAGUAUUACAUCACCAACUGCUACGAUUAUAAGCUGCAUAUCUUAAAAUUUUUAAAAUCCUGUCUUCUAAUUUUUUUAAAUUUCGAUAAGCCAGCUUACAACAGCAUCCACAAUUAUUUUUUGAGCAGUAUCAUUCAGUUUAUUUGUGGUGUCAAAAGUUUGAAAAACGUAACUUCCUGUAUGGAAUCCUUUAAUAACGUUUAACAAGUCCUGAAAAGAGUGAUCAAUUAGAAGCUUCUUAAAUAAUAGCCACAUGAUGUUCUAAGCAUACAAAAGAACAACUGCUUGUAGUUUCUUCAGACAACAAAUAUGAGUUGCAAGUGCUAGCAAUUGAUAAAUCGAAGCCGCAUUUCCCUUUUCAUUCAGCAACCAUAAAGGCCCAGUAUUUGUAACAUCUGAACUGUUAGGAGCUACCUGCUAUAAAAACAAAGCUUACAUGAAAAUACAAAAUACAUUCAAAAUCAAAAUUUUCCUAAGUAAUUACAAACAAAUUCCGAGCCAUGCACCGAUUCGUCUUCAUAUGAACAUAUGAAACACCCCAAAAAAAUAAAAAAAAUGCAACAAAAUCAAAAUCACAGAACUAAUUAGCAAGUAAUUCGCAAAAAAUCCACCUAAUCACAUUUUGAUUGUAAAUUGGUGCUUCGCUAAGUUCAUGCAGACAUAUUUUUGCGAGAUGAUAGGGAAUGCUUUUGAAUAAACGCCCCCUUUAAUAUUAAAAAAAUAUUUACCUCCAAAUAAAUUUCUUGAGCUGCAACACAAAGAAUGUAAAAUAGUAUUGAGGAAGUUUUUUCUGAACUAAUAGUAAUAGGUAUUAUGGAAAAGGACUGUCAAAACAUAUAUUGAUAUUUCAUGCAGAAACGCAUAUAGUAGGAUAGGUAAUAUGAAACUACAUGGAGUUUAACUUUACAGCGUUUCUGAUUAGUCUACUAUUUUCAAUGUUAAAAGGAAUUGCGUUAACAGGAAAGUGCCAAGAUUUCUUGAUAAAAGUACCUACCUAAAUGUUAACACACCAAUUGUAUUGUGUAAUCUAACUAUAAGUUAUUACAACAUACGAAAAUAAUAAAACUACCAUGAUAAAAUGUAAGGAAUUUGAAUUGAUUGAAUCUACAAUUGUAAAUCAUUAAAAUGAAAUCGAGUUUAGUUGAAAUUUACCAUUGGUAGGCAACAAUUUAAUUUGGUCGAUUUAAUCAUUACCUUUUCUCUGAGUAUAGGUACUGCUUCUUUCAAUCUUCAAAUCUCAAUUAAUGUUGUCCGUCACCGUAAAGAACCAUUAUUAGGGUGGUUACUCGAGUAUAUAUCGUGCCUGCAUGUCUUUACUAUCAUCUGUCAACCUUUGGCUUAAUAACGUUGUGUUACAUUUUCAGUGAGCACAUUAAACAACGGUGGACAAUUAGUUCUCCAAUAAACGCCAUUACAGAUAGUACCACAGCAAAAAAAAAACCACAAGUGCUCAAAAGGUAAUGCUACCAUAUUUCCUGCGGUAGAUCCCUUUUUUAGAGUCUACGUAAAAUUUGUGAUCUCAUUUUAUCGUGCAACCUGAAUCGAGGGUGGUAAAAUGUGAUUAUCAAUAUCGCAGUAUGCAAUCAUAAACUUACUGGGUUAUUUUAUAAAAUAUCGUUACGAUACGAUGCGUAGGGGAACGAUAACCGUUCAGUGCCUGAACGAUGAUGCUCGGAACGAUAUCGCUAAACAAUCGUAUUUUGUAACUCCUUCCGUUACGAGUUGACAUUGAACGCUUGCCCGAACGAGCAGCUUUGUAUUUAUGAAUGAAUAGUAACACUUGCUGCAAACUUCAUGUUGUUCUUGCCACCGGUUUGACAGUUCAACUGCUGACAUUUCACGUGUGUUUGUUGUGAUUCAGUGUUGUUAGCCAUUCACCACGUGCUGCCGUAUUCAAAAAAGUUACAAAAUGAGUACACAGAUUACGUCCAAAAAGGCCCGCUCGUCGAAAAUAACUGCUGGACAAUAUUCGCUGUAUUUAGAAGAACUGCAAGCGAAUGAAUCGUUUCGAACUAAUAAGUUCAAGAACCCCAGCAUCUUGGAUGAAACGUGGAAUUCGCUUGCAGUGAAGCUAAAUGCUGCAGGUGGACCCAUUAAAACGGUCCCCCAGUGGAAAGAAAGAUUUGCGGACUGGAAGUGUAACGUCAGGAAGAAAGCCCGAAAGCUUGAACUUUCGAGGGUUCGAACUGGCGGAGGACCACCUGAUGUUCCACUUUCAGAUCUGGAGAAUCGACUGCUGAAUCUGAGCGGUAGGGCUGUCGUUAAUGGCAUUGAAGGGAUUCGGGAACUUGGCUAUGAUAAUCCCAUUGAAGCACAUGGGGCAGUCCAGCCACCUCCAGCAGUCCAGCCACCUCCAACAGUCGAACCACCUCCAGCAGUCGAGCCACCUCCAGCAGUCCAGCCACCUCCAGCAGUCAAGCCACCUCCUGCAGUCUAUCCACCUGCAGCAGUUCGGGCACCAGCUACGAAGAAGAAGUUGACUCUGGCGGCAUCUGUACGAACUUUAAUGGACGAUGCCACCAGAGAUUAAAAAAAAACAACGCUUGAAGAAGUAAACGAGAGUUUAAAGCAACUUGUUGAACUUGAGCAGGAGAAGGUCAAGGUGAAGAAGGAGAAGCUGGCCAUUGAGAGGAUGAAACUUCAAAUGAAGUACCCCGACACAGAAUUUGUGUUUGAUACUAAUUGUGAUUAGUAAAUGUAUAAAU